GAGGGCGGGCACGCUCUGCUGCCCGCUGUUUGCCUUGGCACCCACCCUCCGCUGCUGGACAAGUGCCGGGAAAGGGCCCUCGGAGGUUUCACGUCCCCUCCCUGGCUCUUCAAACAGCACAAGUGGCACCUUGGCAGCCGGGGCGGCCACAACUUCCCCCCCACCCAUCCGUGACCAUAUAAAUCCCCCCGGCCGCGGCUGGCAAAGGGACAGCAGCACCCGGCGAGAUGGACGACAGCUCCAAGGAGGCGCUGAUGGAGGAGGCACCCCCGAGGUACACGGAGUCCCCCCGCCUGCCCUGCGUCCCCCACCAGCUCAAGUGCGUCCUGAUCGCCGUGGUGGUGGUGGUGGUCCUCGUGGUGGUCAUCGCCGCCUUCCUCCUCCUGGGGCUGCACAUCACCGAGGCGCACGCGGAGACGGUGCUGCGAAUGACCAUCCACGGGCUGGAUGGCGAAGGGACCCCCCAGCGCCUCUCCAUGAGCAAGAAGGAAAGGACCGGGACGUUCUCUGUGCGGGACGGGCUCAACGCCUCGGCCACAGUGGUGUACGACUACAGCAAGCUGCUGGUGGGCUACAGGUCCUGGCGGCACCGCGCCUGCUACAUCACCCGCGUGGCCAGGGACAACUUCCCGGGGCUGGACGCUGUCACCGACACCUUCCAGCGCCGGCAGGCUGAGGAGGUUGGGGACAGCGCCGUGCCCCUGGCCGACCGCUCCAUCCUGGGCACCACCAUCAACAUCCUCUGCAGCACCGUGCCCGUGUACUGGGCAUACCACGGCCGGAUGCUCCACCCUGGAGGGUUUGCUUUGGCCCUGACCCCUCGCUCCUGGGCAGCAGAGAGCUCCUCGUGCCCGGGGACAAGUGUCCUUGACCAAGUGCCCUGGGAGCCUCUUGACCUGCGUGUUCCCAGGAGGAUCCAGCUGGGAGAGGAGGAAGAGGAGGAGGAGGAGGCUGCCAUGGAGAGCAGCAUGAAGCAGGUGGUGGUGGAGGAAGAAGAGGACUCGGAGCAGGGGUGCUGCUGCCCAGGCUGCUGCUUGCCCUGCACCAUGUGCUGUGCCAAGUGCUGUGCCAGGUGUGCCCAGUGCUGCUGCCUGCCCAAGUGCUGCAAGUGCCCCAAGCUUCCCGGCUGCUCCGGCUGCUGCGGCUGCUCCGGCUGCUUCGGCUGCCUCAGGAAGUCCCUGUGCUUCGUCCCUCGCCUGCUGUGUUACCUGCCCCGCAAGCUGCUGGGCUGCCACCACCUGCGGUGCCUCCUCAUCGUGGUGGUGGUGGUGGUGCUGCUCGUGGUCAUCAUCGCCGGUGCCCUGCUCAUGUGGCUGCACGUCGACCAGAGCCACGCCGACACCGUGCUGAGGAUGGGUUUGUGGGGAGGGUCGGCCCAGGAAGAGGACGCUGCCACCUUCUACCUGGACAGCGGGGAUGGGAACGCGGCCACCGUCAUCUAUGACUACAGGAAUCUGCUGGUGAGCUACAGAUCCCGCCUGCACCGCGCCUGCUUCCUCACCCGCGUGGACAAGGACAACAUCCCGGGGCUGGACACGGUGGCCGAGACCUUCCAGCGCCGGCAGGACGAGCAGAGGAUCUCCCUGCCCCUGGCCGACCGCUCCCUCCUGGGCACCACGGCGAGCAUCCUCUGCAGCGCCCUCCCCGUCUACUGGGCUUAGCCCCGCUGGGUGAGCGGGAAGGGUGGGCAGGGGGCGCUGGGGGACCCGCACCCACCCACCAGCGCCCUCACAGCGCCGGCUUUGCCUUGCAGCACCCCCCGACAGACACAGCGCUGCCGCAGCCCCUCUGGAAGCAUCAGCGAUAUCCCUCCCCCCCCGCCCUG